AUGUUCAGACACUUCGCGCUAUUGCUCCUUCUUUCGUGGACGUGCGUUCACGAUUUCACGAGUUGUUCGAGCACCGACAGAAGAAAGAGGUAUCUGGUGUUUCCAAAGCCCGGCGAUACGGUGCCGACCAAAGUGCAGUUAAUCCUCGGCCUCGGUUUACCCAUGGAAGUCGACGUCAGCACGAUUAUCGGAUAUGUGAUGAAAUUUAAUUACGUCCUGCCCUCUAACGCCUCCUACUUGACGGAUUCAUACGUUCGGUAUGACAGAUCGAUCAGGCCCGAUGUCGAGGCUGAACGCACCGCUGACGAAUCCCCGUCGGAUCACCAAGGUGGGCCACGCGUCAUUACCAGAUGGGAAAUUUACGAAAUCCUCGAGUCGGUGCUCAAUGGUUCGCGAUCGGGCAAGGCCUGCCUUUUGAGGGCGAUCUGCGAGGCUUCCGCUUCGCCUUUCACCAAUCGACGUGGUCUCAGCUCUCAGCUGUUUCAUUUACUACUCACACCAUCCAGUACCGUAGAGCCCUUCCGGAAUGAGCUUGAUCGAGUGUAUCACGCUGCUGAAUUAAUGGGCCGACAGGCGGAUAUCCCUUGUGACACUUUAUUCCCGGAAUGCGGCGAGAGUCCCUUGAACUACUUCACCGAGGUGCACGAACGAACAUUUGCCUAA